UCCGCACAAAGCUGGUUAGUCCGUGAUAUCUGCUUCGGAGAGCGUGUCGGGGGUCUGUCUCUCUCUUAUUGUCUUCUGGGAGGUCCGACUUGUGCGCUGGCGAUGAUGCGGACGACAGCGCCGCGUCUGGAAGGUUUUGCCCAGACCAGCACAGCACACAACUAAGGGAGAUGAGGAACCAAAGAAGAGGAAUGAAGAAGAAUGCCCAAGCUCCAGACUGAAAUGUCCACAUAAUCCAAGCUCCAGACCAGCUGUCACGCUUAUUUCGCUCUCCCACUGUUUCUUUGUUUUUAUUUACACUUUUGUCCACACCUUACCGGGGAUACUUUGUCGAUGGCGUUCUUAAUGAAAAAGAAGAAGUUCAAGUUUCAGACCCACUUCACCCUGGAGGAGCUGACGGCUGUGCCUUUUGUCAAUGGGGUCCUUUUCUGCAAGAUCCGCCUGCUGGACGGGGGGGACUUCAUCACCGAGUCCUCCAGGAAGGAGGUCCAGGAGAACUGCGUUCGCUGGGAGAACAGGUUCUCCUUCACCUGUAAGAUGAGCGCCAGCCCCGCCACGGGGGUCCUGGACCCCUGCAUCUGCAGGGUGUCCGUCCGCAAGGAACUCAAAGGAGGAAAGACGUUUUCAAAGCUGGGCUUUGCUGACCUCAACAUGGCGGAGUUCGCCGGCUCGGGCUCCACCGUCCGCUGCUGUCUGCUGGAGGGCUACGACACCAAGAACACCCGGCAGGACAACUCCAUCCUCAAGGUAACAAUUGGAAUGACCCUCAUGUCUGGAGACCCCUGCUUUAAAACGCCGCUCAGCACGGCGAAGUCCAUCUCGAUCCCGGGACAGGACCACUCCCUGCAGCCGGACUGCAAGGGCGAGGGCACCGGGGCCGCGGCAACACCCGCUGGAGGCUUUUCCACCACGGGACGGGUCCUCAGAUCCAGGCCCUCUGUGUUGAGCUCGGGACUGCCGGAGGAGCCGGACCAGAACCUCUCCAGCCCGGACGAGGUCUUCCACACGGGACACUCGCGCAACUCCAGCUACGCCAGCCAGCAGAGCAAAAUAUCAGGUUACAGCACAGAGCACUCCCGCUCCUCCAGCAUGUCGGACCUGACCCACCGCCGCAACACCUCCACCAGCAGCAGCGCCUCGGGGGGCCUCAGCAUGACCGUGGAAGGGCCCCCGGAGGCCGAGAGGGAGUCCGGCCGCACCGAGAGACCCCCCCGGCCCCCGCGCCCCGUGCUCCUGCCCGGACGGGCUCCCAGGAGGAAGAAGGACUCGAUGGAAAGUCACCCCACCUGGGUGGACGACACGCGAAUUGACGCCGGAGACAUCGUGGAGAAGAUCGUCCAGAGCCAGAACUUUGCUGACGUCAGCAACAAUGAAGACAGCAACUUGAGACUCUUUGUCAGCAGAGAUGGAACCACAGCUCUGAGUGGGAUUCAUCUAGGGAACAGGGUGACCGCCGGCGUCUUCGAACCUGUGGUCAUCGAGAGCCAUUAGACCCCGCUGGCCUGGGGUGGCGUGUGGUGCUGGAAGGGAAGCGGAGCCACGUUUCCUUCUCAGUCCAGCAUGUUGGGAGGAACACCACUGACGUGGACCGACCCGACAGCUUCCUGUGGAUUGACACUUUCCUGCUCUGUGUGUGUGUGUGUGUGUGUGUGUGUGUGUGUGUAUGUGUAUGUGUGUGUGUGUGUGUGUGUGUGUGUGUGUAUUCUAGAGACCAGUGCAGAAGGCUCCGACACAUCCCUAGUGUUGUCCUCUGGCAUUACGAAUAUCAUUUCCAUUUCGCUUCUUGCCCUAUUUCUCAUCCUUUUGACCUUGUGGUUCUUCCCGUGUUCAACGGUCCAACCGUUUGGUGUCUCAGAACCGAUAAACCGCCAUGGCAGAUAAACUCGUGUAAAAAAAACACUGCAGAAGAUAGUACAUGAGACCAUCAUACAUUCCACAUGUCAGCGGAGGCACCUUGGUGAUGGGUUACGGUACUUGGAUGUGGUAAAUGUGGUAAAGGGACCGACCUUCCAAGUUCAUGGGGACCGGGUGCGUUCAGUCUGUGGUUUAGCAGAGCGUCCCCUCUGUUGUCCAUCAGGGAAAUGUGUCACACCACGAAGCAAAGAGCGAGUCCGUGUCCAUGUGAGAAGCUUUAAAAGCCCUCAUACUGUCACUCCGUGUGUGUGCGCGCCCUCCGUGUGUGUGUGUGUGUGUGUGUGUGUGUGUGUGGACUGUGUAGUCGGUCCUUCCCAGGUCCCACCUCCUCGCGGGAGGAGAAUAAGCUUUUCUGGCCUUUUUUUCGGCCAGUUCGAUAUUUCCGGGGCUGAAAGUGACCGCUGCUCCUAUUUAGUCUCACUGUGGGGGGUCGUUCAUGGACGUCCUGCUCGCUCAUCUCAGAUCCUUCUGGAAGGUCCACACUGUGUCCUCCAGGCUCGCGGUGGGCAGUGAGUCCAUCUGUGUCCCCAUGUCCCUCUCUGUCCCAUUUGUCGUGUCCCUCAGUGCCCCGGCUGGUCUGGCGGCCUUGGCAGGAACAUGAAAUAAACACACACCUAGCGUUCCUUUCAUCUUUUGGGUGAUGUUAUACCUUUCAUGUAUAUUUCUACACAUCUGACCCCUGCGUGUGAGAAAGGGGUUCGAGUUGCUUCUGGGAAUCUGCACUUGAGAUGCAUCAUUGCGAUUUCCUUUCAUGUGUUGACUAUCCCUCUUUAUAGCAGGUGUGUGUUGCAGGUUCGAGAACCCUGUUUCUCAAGCUAAGCUUUACUUUCGAACUUUCGAAGAAGCACCCCCCCCCCCCCCACGUUUAAUUCGACAUCAUUAUACAACGUUCUAAUGAUGGCAUCUUUGGUACUCUGAUGCCGUGUUUUUUGUCGUCACGGUCGUGUGACAGUGUCAGAUGGAGGGAUCUAGAUGUAGACACCGGAUUCUUGAGAGUGCAGUCAGUUUGAGAUGUACCACGGUGUAAACAAGUACACGAGGAGCUGCAUAUAGAGGGUUUUGAAAAUCAUUGAACAGAUAACAGCACACAUUUACAGAGCACAUAGGAGACUGGGGAGAAAUGAGUGUGAAAAAGAUGAGUUUUGACACCUUUCUUGAAUGUUGAGGGAUUCAGCAGUUCUGAGGGACAGAGGGAACUCAUUCCACCACAUUGGAGCCAGACCUGGAAACCUUUGGGCUUUGAUUUCGAACCCCUUUUGCGUGGGAACCCCACCAAACACAUUUUGACGCAGCAUCCCCUGAAAUACAAUAGUUGCAAUUAAAUACCGUGGUACAUCGGUAUAUUAUUCCCCUAGCAAGCGUUGGACCUCGGAUGUAAAUGUUCCUUCGGAUAUAAACACAAAAGGCUCAUGGGAACUGCAGAAUAAAAUAAUGUGAGAAUUUAAUUCUUACACACACAUCUGCAGUAUCUCUGACUCUCCUCUGCCCGCACGCCAUCGAGACCCGUGGAAAAAGCGAACAAUACUGAGACUGUGCACUUUCCGGAAGAUGUCACUUCAUUUAUUUCUGUACUCGGCUUGGUUCUCUAACACACACCGAACUCAUGCGUCAGACGUGUUACAAACGUGUUAUUACAUGUUAACAGCGAUUCCUUUAACCUGUGAACCACUAACACCUUUAUUUGGGGAGGGGGGUGGGGCUUUCCCGAUGUUACACUUCUCAGAGUGAUGACUUGUUUUUUUCCUUUGUUUUCUAAAACCAGCGGGCUGGUUUAUUUGUUUUAUAUA